AUGGCAAUCGAAGAAGCCAAAGUCUUCGCCCCUGGCUUGGAGACAACUGACACCAAAGCUCUCCCCAAUGUCUCUUCAGCCAGCGACAUAGACUCAUCUUCGACAAGUAGCAAUCCACAAACACGCAAGCGUCCUCUCGAUUCUACAUUUGACACCACAGAGGAUCCACGUUACUACAAGCCCAUUCCGGAAUAUGAGGGUAUUCAUCGCUGGGACCCGGAGUUUGAAUGGACAGAGGAAGAGGAAAAAGCCGUGGUGAAAAAGAUCGAUUGGCGUGUCUGCACUUUUGCAUGUGUGACGUUCUUUGCUCUUCAACUGGACCGGGGGAAUGUUGUCCAGGCCACGUCCGAUAACAUGCUUCGCGAUCUUGGCAUGAAUACCAACGACUACAACACUGGCCAGACCAUCUUCUUGCUGAUGUUCUUGUUUGCGGAGCUGCCUUCGCAACUGGUAUCCAAGUGGAUCGGACCAGAUCGGUGGAUUCCCAUCCAAAUGGUGUCGUGGAGUCUCGUCGCCGCCUGUCAAGCUUUUGUUCAGAACCGAUCAUCUUAUUUCGUGACACGGGCUCUGUUGGGACUGCUCGAGGGUGGAUUUAUCCCCGACACGAUUCUUUUCCUCUCGUUCUGGUACAAAUCAAAGGAGCUUCCGGUUCGUCUGAGCUACUUCUGGGUUGCUUAUCAAGGAACGUCAAUUGUCAGCGCAUUUCUGGCGUUUGGCUUUUUGCAUAUUCGUCAAUCCGAUGGUCGGGGAGGCUGGCGAUAUCUCUUCGCCCUGGAAGGGUUGAUCACCGGCAUCAUCGGCAUCGUCGCCGCCUUCUGGAUGCCCCCUUCGCCGACGCAGACUGCCGGCCGAUUCCGCGGCAAAGACGGAUGGUUCAAUGCUCACGAGGAAAAGAUCAUGGUCAACCGAAUCCUUCGCGAUGAUCCGAGCAAAGGAGGUAUGCACAACCGCCAGCCCGUGACUCCUCGACUGCUGUGGCAGGCUCUGAAGGACUACGAUAUGUGGGUCAUCUAUCUGCUGGGUCUGACCUGGUUGAUUCCACACACACCUGCCUCCAGCUACAUCAGCUUGCAGCUGAAGUCGCUCGGCUUCAGCACCUUUCACACCAACCUGUUAACCAUCCCCUCAUCGCUGAUAUUCAUCGCCAACCUGCUGAUAUGGACGCGAAUCUCUGAGCGGUUCAACCAGCGUCUGCUCCUCGGAGUGGUAUCCGAGACUUGGGCAAUCAUUUUGUUGAUUGCGCUGGAACUUCUUCCGGCUGGUGCCAAUGCUUGGGUACGAUGGACUCUUCUGACACUCCUACUGGGAAUGCCGUAUGUGCAUGCCAUUAUUGUGGCAAUCACCUCUCGCAAUGCGGGGAGUGUGCGGACACGGACGGUGGCCACUGCACUCUAUAAUAUGAUGGUACAGGUUAGCAGCAUUAUUGGCAACAAUAUUUACCGCGAAAACGAUAAACCAUACUAUCGAACGGGGAACACAGUCUUGAUCGCCAUCGCAGCCUGGAGCUUGGUCAUGUUCAUCAUUGCAAAGUAUUACUACGUCUGGCGAAACAAGCAAAAUGCUGCUAUUUGGGAUAAGAUGACCGGCGAGGAAAGAGAACGCUAUGUUGCUGAGAAUCAAGAUCUCGGAAACAAAAGAUUGGACUUUCGCUUCGCUCAUUGA